GGUGGGCGAGGGGAAGAGGUGGCGGUAAGCAACGAGAAGGAUAAGGAGAAGGAGAAAGAUAGGUGCCGAGAGGAGGCAUUUCGCGCGUCGCAGAUUUCGCGUGUGUCCACUGGCGCAAUCGUAAGACGCGAUCGUAAGACGCGAUCGCGAGGCCGUUCGAGGUCCUCGUCCGUCUUACUCCUGUCUCGCGACAAAACAACACGACCGUCACAACGACAAUAACAAAUAUAUCAUCCAACAACAACGGCGACAAUAACAACGUCUACACACACAGUGGCGCCGACGUCGUCUACGAGAAUAGUAAAACACUGCAAAAGUAAUAAAAACAACAACGACAACGACAACGACCAUCACCAGGACCACAGGAGAACUAAUUCUCGAAUAAUGGAGACAUUAUUACCCGGCAAUACAAACGGUCAAUCUUACAGUCCACAGUUGAAAACCGUCUUGAAGACAUAUCAACUAUCGGCUGUGAAGAGCCUACAAGGUCCGAGCUCGGCCCUUUUGGGCAUGGACUGUAAGACUUUAUUGCAAGAACAACCACCUUUUCAUUUCUCCGUACCACCAAGUCGUUCCGGAAAUUGCAUUGCUACUGAACGUCUAAUUGACCGAAUAAACGAACUUACUUCGCCUAAAGACAUCGACAAAGGCAAUGACCAAGCACCGGUUGUUCCACCACCGCCGAUCAACAACAGCCUUCCUUCCAGACUAAGGCGAGCAAACUUUGAUCGGCCGUUGGAUGACUCCGACGAAGAUCCACCACCUCCUGAUCGUCCUAAGGUCGUUUGCGAGAAAAGAGAUCUCGAGUUUCAAAUACCCAUUCUUACUGCUCCCGAUCAGAAUUGUUCCGAAAGGUGUGAGACCGUACUCGAGGGAGAAAGUAUAUCUUGCUUUGUCGUUGGUGGCGAAAGGAGGUUAUGUUUGCCACAAGUAUUGAACACCGUUCUACAAGAUUUUUCUUUGCAACAAAUCCAUCAGGUAUGCGACGAAUUGCAAAUUUAUUGUUCGAGAAGUACACGAGAUCAAUUAGAAGAAUUGAAACUUUCCGGUAUUUUACCGCGUAACGCGCCUUCGUGCGGUCUGAUCACUCAAACUGAUGCCGAGAGGCUCGUCAGUGCUCUCCUAUCGAGGACAGAACCAUGCGAGCCUUCUCACAUAUUACAAAGUCAAGAUAGUAUUGAUAAGAAAGUCUGCGGUGGUAAGGCAACUAUCGAGGAUGAUUCUAUCAUUAGGUUCAAAGUGUAUCACGAGUGUUUUGGAAAGUGCAAGGGUAUCUUCGACGCCGAUCUCUUCGAAUCCGAGGAUUCUGUGUGCAUAGAAUGUCUCGAAUGUGGCUGCCAAUUCUCUCCUCAACGUUUUGUCAGACAUGCUCAUAGGUCCCUGGAAAAUCGUACCUGUCAUUGGGGCUUCGACUCUGCUAACUGGCGUUCUUAUCUUCUACUUUCUAGAGAUCAACAAAACUACAACAAGUUGCUAGCUGUCUUUCGAGAACUUAAAGAGAAACAUCUUGUACUUAACUCUAAGCGGAAACUGGAGUUAGGUCAUGAGCCAGAAAAGUUAAUAAAAAGAACGAAGAAGGAAAUGGGCAAACAUGAGUGCCCUACCAGUUACCAUGGAAAUGGAUUAGGCAUAUUUCAUCCAGUAUCUUCAGUGGCUAGCACGACUGAUCCAUAUUUUCAGAUGCAAUGGGCAGUAUUUGAAUUAGCUACCAGAGGAGUGUCUGCGUUUAGGCCUUGGAAUGCCUCUGCUUCUCGUAAACAUAGAGACAGCUCUUCCAUGGUACCUUCCUAUCUCAGUCGUGGUCCACCAGUACUGCAACAUCCAGAACGUGUAGUGCCAUUAUCUGAAUGUGAAAGAUUUGAGCCACAUUUCCAACCAAAUGUUGCAUUGGCACCAAUACCAACACCUACAAUACCACCUAUAGUACCUCCUGUUCAUCAUCAACGACAUCAUCAAGAACACCGUCAUCAUAGUCAACAACGUCCCCAAAGUCCAAAUGAAAAGCAACAGGAACUUGUACCAAAACAAGAGUUUGCAGUUAAACUCGAAAAAUCGUCUCCUGGGCCUGCUUCUUCUGGAGGUGGUGGUGGUGGUGGUGGUGGUGGUGGUAGUGGAACCUCCUCUUAUCCACUUUUCCCUACAUGUACGGUAGAGAACGAUCGAAAGGAAGUAUCACAAGAAAAAAGAACAUUUAUCGAAGAAAAAGUUGGGGAAGAAGAGGAAAGUGCUGCAGUAACUUCGUCGACCGUAAACGUUGAUCCACCAGCAGCCGAAGUUGGCACGUCGUCCCCUGAAAGUGAUUCGGAUUCUGAAGGAACCACCACAGCCAUGGAUUUGGAGGAACGUUUGAUAGCACUUGACGUUCCUCAGGAUGUUUUGGAGCUAGUUCGUCGUCUAGCUUCUGAAAACGCACAGUUAAGACGACAUCGUCGAUCAGAUGCUCGUAAAAUCUCCAGGCUACGUAGUCAACUUCUAAUACAACAUUUACAAUCAACCAAUAAUGACAGUGUCAAAAAGGAAGAAGUAGGAAACGCGAGUGUUGCGGAUAGUACAGAAGGCACCGAAGAAACCGAUGUCUCAUUACGUUCGAACGAUAAUGAGACCGAAUCGGUAGUCCAAUCGGUUAGUAAUAAUUAGAAAUCGAUCCUUGUAGAAAAUAAUUAUUGAAGACGCUUAUCAUUCGGCCAGAUAAGCGCAUUCUUAUAUUCAAUUUUUAGUAUUUAGAUAAACGAUAAAUAUGAUUCUAAACAAAACGAUUUAAAAAUUGUCUAGUUUAUGUGAUAUGCAAAAAGCCUUUGCUGUUGUUAUGUUUCAUUUUGAAAUUUUUAAUGUAAGUUUCCUUUAUUUUCGAAUUUUAAUUAUAAUUCAAUGUAGAUAUUGUAUUAUACGGGGAAAAAAAAAGAAAACAAGAAAAGAAAGAAAAUAAUUAAAUACCUUUCGAAAAAUAGUUCACCAACAACGCUCGCGUAUAACGAAUUACAUGAUUAUUACAAAUUAAAACAAUUUAUACGCAUAUUGAGGAUGCGUUAUUAAAUGAAUAAUUAAAAUUUGGAGAG